AUGGCUGCCCCGAAACAUUCGAUUCAGAUACCCCCAGUCCGACCUUUAUAUCGCAUUGCAGCCACGGGCCUUGGAGCAAGCAUGUGGUUCUUCUUGAUGUAUCGCGCGAAGAAAGAUGGCCCCGCGUUGUUAGGUUGGAAGCAUCCUUGGGAUCAUUGA